AAAUAUAGCGACAGCAGUCUUUCGCGGUCUUUCGAAGUGACAUCAACGCCUAUGCAUCAUGUUCCUCGCGAUUUGUAUGGUUUCGAUUUUCGUGGAUUUGUGUGCCUCGUACGAUAACAGCAGUUUUUUUGCCGGCAAGGUAGAGACCAUGGGUAAAUCUGCAUUUUCGUCACGUCAGAGCAAACUGAUUUCUUUCAACACGCUUGACGAUGGUAUUUCAGUUGAUUUGGAUUUUACAGUUCCUUUUAUCACCAUACCGGUGAAAAAGUCAAUGGCUUUAGCUCAGGGAUCCUUGAUAAACAUCGACCUUGGUGCUAUUGUUCUUGCCGGAGGCUUGGUUGUUGGAAUUUCUCUCUUCAUGCCACUUGUUUUGGCAUUUUUCUCGAAACAAAAGACACUGCCUUCCCAAUGGAAACCAGGACAUAGAAGUGCUGAUGGAAAACCCGAACUAUUGUCCAACAUCAUCGAGCUCUUAUCUACCCACAAAAUAGACCCAACAACUUGUAUGCAGAAAUAUAUUUGUUCUACUGUUAGUCAAUCACUCUCUAAUAUUGAAAAGGGAAAAGCGACAAGCAGUGACAAAAUCAUUGAUGGUAUAUCUAGCAGCACAUGGUUAACAGAACAGUUGCAUGGUACAUCAAUGUACUUCGCUUUACAAAGUGGCUUGAACAAAACGAAUUGUGAGGACGCAUACAAAACGUGUGGCGUACCUGGAUAUUUAUUCGAAACAACUUUGGAUACUUUCCAGAAAAUGAUACUGCUCAGUUAUUCUAAUAUGACAUAAAUAAAAUGAUUUUUGACUGAUAUAUUUCUAUUCUUCUCAUUGCAACAUGAAUAAAAUUUUUUUAGUUAUAUAUCGAUAAUUUUUUUACAGUUAUUGCAAAUGGCAAGAAAUUUUUUUAUUGAUUUAUGAUAAUUUCUCGGAACUACCAUUUUUUAAAUAUUAUAUUAUAUUUAAUCUAUUUUGAAAUGUAGAAAGUCAGGAGCCUUUGAGAGCUCGUCAUUAAUGCAAUUGCAUCUUCAGAAACAACAAUUGACGCAUGAAUGACUAGUGCUUGAAAACUCCUGAUUUUGUAUCAGUUUGUAUUUUUUCUCGAUAUUCUGCUUGAAUUUUCUAUGGUUUUGGUUACGUGAUCAAGAUGAAAUUUUAAACAAUACAUGAAAUUGUCAUUCUGCAUUAAAAUGCAUAUUUUCAGUGCA